UGCGGGCACGACCUGGCACACCUGACCAGCCCGCACGAGCACCAGUGCCUGGUGGGCCACGACCGCUCGUUCCAGUGCACACAGUGUCUCAAGAUCUUCCACCAGGCCACCGACCUGCUGGAGCACCAGUGCGUGCAGGUGGAGCAGAAGCCUUUUGUCUGCGGCGUCUGCAAGAUGGGCUUCUCGCUGCUCACCUCGCUGGCCCAGCACCACAGCGCGCACAGCGGCACCGGCGCUCCCGAGCAGGUCGACAAGCCCUACAGCUGCCCCGUCUGCCAGAAGCCCUUCAAGCACCUGUCGGAGCUGUCGCGGCACGAGCGCAUCCACACGGGCGAGAAGCCGUACAAGUGCACGCUGUGUGACAAGAGCUUCAGCCAGUCGUCCCACCUCGUGCACCACAAGCGCACGCACAGCUCCGAGCGGCCCUACAAGUGCGCCGUGUGCGAGAAGACCUUCAAGCACCGCUCGCACCUGGUGCGCCACAUGUACGCGCACUCGGGCGAGCACCACCUGUUCCGCUGCAACGUGUGCGAGCUGCACUUCAAGGAGUCGUCGGAGCUGCUGCAGCACCCGUGCACGCCCAGCGGCGAGCGGCCCUUCCGCUGCGGUGAGUGCCAGAAGGCCUUCAAAAGUGACCUGUGUCCCAUGGGCUUCAAGCAGCAGUACGCGCUGAUGCGGCACCGGCGCACGCACAAGACCGAGGAGCCCUUCAAGUGCGGCCUGUGCGAGAAGGGCUUCGGGCAGCCCAGCCACCUGCUCUACCACCAGCACGUGCACACCCUCGAGACCCUCUUCAAGUGCCCCGUGUGCCAGAAGGGCUUCGACCAGUCGGCCGAGCUGCUGCGGCACAAGUGCCUGCCGAGCGCCCCCGAGCGGCCCUUCAAGUGCUCAGUGUGCAACAAGGCCUACAAGCGGGCGUCGGCCCUGCAGAAGCACCAGCUGGCCCACUGCUCCCCGGCCGAGAAACCCCUGCGCUGCACCCUGUGCGAGCGGCGCUUCUUCUCCUCCUCGGAGUUCGUGCAGCACCGCUGCGACCCAGCCCGCGACAAGCCGCUCAAGUGUCCGGACUGCGAAAAGCGCUUCAAGUACGCGUCCGACCUGCAGCGGCACCGGCGCGUGCACACCGGCGAGAAGCCCUACAAAUGCCCCAGUUGCGACAAGGCCUUCAAGCAGCGCGAGCACCUCAACAAGCACCAGGGCGUGCACGCCCGCGAGCAGCAGUUCAAGUGCGUGUGGUGCGGCGAGCGCUUCCUGGAUGUGGCCCUGCUGCAGGAGCACAGCGGGACAGUGGGAGGGGACCCUGAGCUCAUGAGCUGUGGUGGCAGUGGCGUGGUGGCGUGGUGGCGCAGUGGCAGUGGCGUGGUGGCGUGGUGGCGCAGUGGCAGUGGCGUGGUGGCGUGGUGGCGCAGUGGCAGUGGCGUGGUGGCGUGGUGGCGCAGUGGCAGUGGCGUGGUGGCGUGGUGGCGCAGUGGCAGUGGCGUGGUGGCGUGGUGGCGCAGUGGCAGUGGCGUGGUGGCGUGGUGGCGCAGUGGCAGUGGCGUGGUGGCGUGGUGGCGCGGUGGCAGUGGCGUGGUGGCGCGAUGGCGCGACCUGUCCGACCCCCCAGCUGGCCUGAGCCUCGUGCCAUCUCCGUGA